UUCUACUACUUCCAUACCCAGUUCAAGGCCACAUAAACCCGAUUCUUCAAUUCUCAAAAAGAUUAGCUUCCAAACAUGUCAAAGUUUCAGUAGUCUUAACCAACUACAUGGCCAGAACAAUUAAUAUUCAAGUUGGUCCUUACAUCGAAACAAUAUCUGACGGAUACGAUGAUGUUGGGAGACCCGGAGCUAGUAGCACCGAAGAGUAUCUCAAAAGCUUUGCCACAUUCGGAUCGAAAACACUAGCUGAUUUGAUCGGGAGAAUACAAUAAUCAGAUGAUGAUGUUCCGUAUCUAUUAUUACCUAUACCGGGGUCUGCUAAAGGUUCCGAUGCCGGAUGGAGAGAUGAUCUCAAUUCCAGGAUUGCCACUGCUAAAGGUUCUGGAAUUACCAUGUUUCGUUUCUGAGGUAGAAUCUUUCUCCCACUAUUUGAAGCUACUUGUGAACCAGUUUUCCAAUAUUGAAAAGGCAGACUGGGUUCUUUUCAACACCUUCGACGAGUUGGAGCCGGAGGUGUUGAAUUGGAUGGCAAAGCUAUGGAGAGUGAGGACAAUCGAACCAACUAUUCCAUCCAAGUACUUAGACAAACGGAUUGAAGGUGACAAUGAUUAUGGUCUUAAUAUAUUCGACACGAAGCGAGUCGAAUGCAUGGACUGGCUCAACGCAAAGGAGGACAACUCAGUAAUUUAUGUUUCCAUGGGUAGCAUGGCAGUUUUAAAACAAGAGCAAAUGGAAGAAGUUGCAGGGGCAUUACUAGGUUGCGACUAUAAUUUCCUGUGGGUAGUCAGACAAACAGAAGAAAACAAGAUCCCCAGCACAUUUCACAAUGAUAUCUCAACAUCUCCAGGGUCUGAAAAGGGGUUAGUAGUCACAUGGUCCCCACAAUUGGGAGUUUUGUCGCACCCCGCUUUUGGUUGUUUUGUGACUCAUUGUGGGUGGAACUCGAUGAUGGAAUCCUUAAGUUUAGGCGUACCGAUGAUUGCAUUUCCACAAUGGUCAGAUCAGCCAACGAAUGCCAAAUGUGUUGAAGAUUUGUGGAAAGUAGGAAUUAGAGUUAAAGUGGAAGAAGAUGGGAUUUUGAGAAAGAAUGAACUUGAAUCAUGUAUAAAAGCAGCUAUGGAAGGAGAGAAAGGGAAAGAAAUGAAAAAGAAUGCAAGUAAAUGGAAAGAACUAGCAGUGCAAGCAGUUAGUGAAGGUGGAAGUUCCGAUAAGAAUGUCGAAGAAUUAUUAGAGGCAUUGAAAGAGAAAAAAGUGAAAGAGAGCGGGAACGGGAACGACAAAGGCUAAUAAGGUGGGGACUGAGGCACCAAUCCGAGUCGCAUAAAAGUAUUGUCCUUCCAGCACUUUCAGACCCUUAACGGCUUAAUGUGCUUUUCCUCAUGUAAUUGCAUUCCUCAAGAUUAGACUAAUCUGGCAGUAAUUUCAGGUUUUGUGUAUGCGAAUAGCAUGCAGUUUAAUUAUUAGUGCAUCAUGAGUAUAAUAGAACUUUCGUAGUUUGCCAAUCUUGGUUGCAUGAACAAAAAGUGCCUCAUUAGUUAUUUCCAAAACAUGAUCACAAUUUAGUGGUUUUAAAUGUUAACAAACUGUUUGGGUUGCAGGUA